AUGAAGGCCAACCGCAGCAGCAGCUCCGAGGAGCGCUUCCUCCUGCUGGGCUUCUCCGACUGGCCGGCCCUGCAGCCGGUGCUCUUCGCCUUCGUCCUCCUCUGCUACCUCCUGACCCUGACGGGCAACUCGGCCCUGGUGCUGCUGGCGGCGCGCGACCCGCGCCUGCGCACGCCCAUGUACUACUUCCUCAGCCACCUGGCGCUGGUGGACGCCGGCUUCACCACCAGCGUGGCGCCGCCGCUGCUGGCCAGCCUGCGCGGGCCGGCGCUCCGGCUGCCCCGCGGCGGCUGCGUGGCCCAGCUGUGCGCCUCGCUGGCCCUGGGCUCCACCGAGUGCGUCCUCCUGGCGGUGAUGGCGCUGGAUCGCGCGGCCGCCGUGUGCCGCCCGCUGCGCUACGCCGGCCUGGCCUCGCCGCGCCGCUGCCGCGCGCUGGCCGCCUCCUCCUGGCUCGGCGGCUUCACCAACUCCGCGGCGCAAACGGCGCUGCUGGCCGCGCAGCCGCUGUGCGCGCCCCUCCGGCUGGACCACUUCAUCUGCGAGCUGCCCGCGCUGCUGCAGCUGGCCUGCGGCCGCGGCGGCCGCGCCGUCGAGCGCCAGAUGUUCGCCGCCCGCGUGGUCAUCCUGCUCGUGCCGUCCACCGUCAUCCUGGCCUCGUACGGCGCCGUGGGCCGCGCGAUCUGGGCCAUGCGCUCCGGCGGAGGCCGGAGGAAAGCCGUGGGCACGUGUGGGUCCCACCUGACCGCCGUCUGCCUUUUCUACGGUUCCGCCAUCUACACCUACCUGCAACCCACGCACAGCUACCACCAGGGCCGGGGCAAGUUUGUCUCGCUCUUCUACACGGUGGUCACUCCUGCCCUCAACCCGCUCAUCUACACCCUCAGGAACAAGGAGGUGAAGGGGGCGGCGAGGAGGCUCCUGGGCUGUGUGAGGAGAGGCCAGGCGGGAUAG